GCAGUAUGAGGAGCAUGAAUUAUCCCCAGGGCAGUAUGAGGAGCAUGAAUUAUCCCCAGGGCAGUAUGAGGAGCAUGAAUUAUCCCCAGGGCAGUACAAGGAGCACGAAUUAUCCCCAGGGCAGUACAAGGAGCACGAAUUAUCUCCAGGGCAGUAUGAGGAGCAUGAAUUAUCCCCAGGGCAGUACAAGGAGCAUGAAUUAUCUCCAGGGCAGUACAAGGAGCAUGACUUAUCCCCAGGGCAGUACAAGAAGCAUGAAUUAUCUCCAGGGCAGUAUGAGGAGCAUGAAUUUUCCCCAGAGCAGUAUGAGGAGCAUGAAUUAUCCCCAGGGCAGUACAAGGAGCAUGAAUUAUCCCCAGGGCAGUACGAGGAGCAUGAAUUAUCCCCAGGGAAGUACAAGGAGCAUGAAUUAUCCCCAGGGAAGUACAAGGAGCAUGAAUUAUCCCCAGAAGAUGAAGAGGAAAUACCAAUUUCGUUGCAAAGUCUGCUACAUUGUUACCAAAGCUUGUUACAUUGUUGUACCAUUGAGCAUGUGAGAGAGAGCCAUGAAUUCCAUAUGCCUGGUAUAUUCUGGCCUUCAUUUGCUGUCAAAAUAUUAACACAGCUAGGUUACACCUCUUGCAGGAAAUUGUGUGUUUAA